AUGACUUUCAAUUCUUCGACUGAACAGCUGAUAAAUUUGUCCCACAAUAAUCACAACAAUAAUCUUAAUUCAUCACAUAACGAGACUCGUAAUUUCCGUGUGAAUUCAAUGCUUGGUGGAUUACCAAAUUUAAUGGGUUUACAAGCAAAUACUUCAUCAAUAUCUCAUUCAUCAUUGAAUGUUUCUUCAAAUCUGGAUUCUCAAUCUACUCUGUCAAUAUCUGCAGCAAUGAAUGCAGCCGCAACAGCAGCAGCAACAGCUUUAUAUGGGCAGCGAAAUCAACAGUCAAUGAUGAAAUUCCCAUUGCCACCAUGGUUGUCGAAUCCUUUAUGGGAUAGAAAACAUUGUCUAGAUUUAUCGUCUAAUUUUGGAUUAUUCCCCAAUGGAAUUGAUAAUAAUCUCAGCGAAAUGGAUAAGCGUAACGAUAGUUUGCCUGAUUUUUCACUUGGUGACAAUUACAAAUCAGAGCCUGUUCGUCCAGUUUAUAAGAGUCCAAGUCAAACAAAUGUUACAACCGGACCAAUAGUUACAUCACCUGGUCAAGAGUCGAAUAACUCAACUCAAUCAUCAUCUACAGUUGGAGAGAUAACUCAAAGGCAGUUAAAUCCAUCCUCGUUGUCAAAUCGUUUUUCAACCUCAGAUUUAAAUAAACAAACUGAUGAAAUUAUUGUAAGAGAUGGUCAGCUGGUAAAGACACGUUUAGAUCAUUCUUUACACAACACUUCAUCAGUAGUUAAUAAUAGUUCGAAUACGUCUACUUUUACGCCACCGACGACUCCACCCGCUGGUACUUCUGUCUCUAUAUCUCCUGUGAUGUGUGAUGUUCAAAGUAUGAAAAUGAAUUAUUCACAAUCAGCUAUGGCUAUGGCAGCAAUGGCUGCAGCUGCGAUAGCUACCAAUAACUUCAAGAUGUCGUCAACAAGUACUUCAAUGAAUCAAACAACUAUUACGAAUAGUACUAAUAAUAAUAGUGGUAAUAGUAAUAGUAAUAAUAAUAAUAAUACCACGCCUGAUAUUGAUUCAAUUAUGAAUGCAGUCGCUGCAGCAGCUUCAGUUAUGGGAUCACACUUAUUACUCAAUCAUAAUAAUACUAGUCAUAAUAAUAACAGUAAUAAUAUUGUUUCUUCUACAAAUACUAAUACUACACACACUGGUAUUAAUAAUCGUUUAAUAAAUGACUGGAAAAUGCAUUCAUCAAUAAAAGACCAAGAGAUGAAUAAACUUAGAAACACGUCAACUUCAUCAUUGUUGACAGAUUUCAAGUCGUGUACAUCUUCAUUGUUAAUGCAACCGAAUUUCGAUGCAUCCCUGGGAAUGGAUUCAUCGAAUUUAUCAUUAUCAUCAUCAGCAUCAUCAUCAUCACCACCAGAAUCAUGUGGAGUUAGACCUGAAGUUGAACUAGUCGAUAAGUCACUAUGGGAUAAAUUUCAUUGUCAUGGAACAGAAAUGGUGAUUACUAAGAGUGGAAGACGAAUGUUCCCGCCAUUCAAAGUGAAAAUUACUGGUCUGGAGAAACGCGCCAAAUAUAUUGUUUUAAUGGAUAUUGUCGCCUUAGAUGAUUGUAGAUAUAAAUUUCAAAAUAAUUUAUGGACAGUUGCUGGUAAAGCAGAUCCUGAAAUGCCUAAACGUAUGUAUAUACAUCCAGACUCUCCGUCAACUGGUGAACAAUGGAUGCAAAAGAUUAUUUCAUUUCAUAAACUUAAAUUGACUAACAAUAUUUCUGAUAAACAUGGCUAUACAAUACUGAAUUCAAUGCAUAAAUAUCAGCCAAGAUUUCAUUUGGUCCGUGCAAAUGAUAUACUUCGGCUGCCCUAUUCUAAAUUCCAUACAUAUACAUUCAAAGAGACUCAGUUCUUGGCGGUCACUGCUUAUCAAAAUGAAAAGAUAACACAACUGAAGAUAGACAAUAAUCCCUUUGCUAAAGGAUUUCGUGAAUCCGGUGGAGGAAGGCGGGAUAAAAAAAGAUUGGACAGUUUAAAGUAUCCUAAUCGGCCUAUAAGUCAUAAUAAUCAUAACAAUAAUAACUGUGACAAUCCAAAGGAUGUACGUGAAAUCUAUGAAAGUCCUGUAAACACCUCCUCUGAUACAGAAAAUGAACAUGACUUGGACGACUUAGAUAUGCAUUUAUCCAGCCAAUUCAACAAAGAUAAUUUAUCUAUAAAUUCUAUGAAAACAUUAUUGCCAUUACAUUUAAACAGAACAGAUUUAAAAUCUGUUAGAUAUUCAAGUAAACGUAUGGGAUCAAAAGGAUUAGGUGAUCUUGGCAGUAGAGUGGAAAAAAUCCGUCGUACCAAUCAAUCUGAUCAACAUUUCUAUGCAUCAAAUGAAAGUGCUAUGUACAAGACAGAUUUCAGUGUGAGUAAUAACGGGAUGAAUUAUCACAAAGACCUGGAUUCUCUACGGAAUACAUCAUCGCCGCCAUCAUUUCUUUGUCCAACUACACCAGGUGGUUUGCUUAAUCCAUGUCAACCAGAUCCAAAGCAUAAUUAUUUAACACAUCUUCCUAAGUUUGGUGAGAUUCCACCGAAUGUAACAGUUAUCCCUGGUGAAUCAGGUGGACGGUUUAAUAAUCCCAUUACUACUACUACUACUACAACUAAUAAUAAUAAUAAUAACAAUGAAAGUUUGUCACACUGUGAUGAUGAAACAACUGCUCAUAAAUUUAGAUUUUCGCAUAAAAACCCAACCAUCACAGACAAGAAUGAUCCUAGUCAAUUCAACAAAUUCUUAUCUGCAUGGACGCAUCAUUUCACCUCACAACUUAUUCAAAAUCAGUUAAUGGAGCAGAAACUCCAUCAUCCAUCAACAUCGUCGUUUACAACACCACCGGUCCAGCAUUCUUCUUCAACAAGAAUUUCAACAGACUACUCCCAGUCAUUUCAACAGUUGGAUGAUGCAGCAGUACAUGGAGAUGUUUUCAGUGGAAUUAAUCCCCUGUCAAGUUAUGCUUCAAAUCUUGCAUUCUAUAUGCAACAAUAUCCUCAGUUUAUACCGCAUAUAUUAUCACUAUUUUAUCAAAAUCCUUUUCAUCCAAAAAAUCAAAUGACUAACACAUCCAACCCAUUGCUUAAUGAUAGUGUUACAAUUACAGAGAAUAGUAAAAUCCCAGUUACUAGUCCACCACCUGUCAGCACCAAUGAUGGCAAUGACUUUGGUAAUGCUACCACGAGCAACGACAGUACGACAGUUGAUGUCGUAAAUAGCGAUGACGUUACAGUUAUGUCCAAAUGUAGAAGCAAUAAUGAACAGAAGUCGACUGAUUUUUCUAUUUUCGCUUUAACCAGCCUACAGAAUUCAACAUCACCGAAAGCGGUCAAUAACAGUAACAGUAAUAAUACUCAUUCAAUCCCAUCAUCGCCAUCUUCACGUAUACCUCCUACAAAUCGAUCCUCGUCUGUUCAUUCCACAGAAUCCGAUGAGCAUACACUGUAUAAUCAAAAUGGUAAUGAUUUGUCUAAUAGAUCACCGACAGAGAGAUACGACAGACCCCCAUCACUCAACAGUAAUGAGAAUAACCAUUGACUCUUAUCGAUAAAGCAUUGCCUUACCACAUAAUACAUAAGUAAAUAUGGAAGCAGACAGCUGAUGAGACGGAGAGAGAGAGAGGCAAACAGACUAUUUCUGUGAUUAUUUUCAAUUUAAACUGAGCAUUACUUAUUCUCACUUAAAUUGUAUUAUGCUCUGUGUAACUUAUCCAUGACUGUGUAACUUAGUAGUGUUAUAAGAGUUAUAUACUCGUUGUCAAUUUCACAAUAUAUAUUGUUACGAAAAUGGAAGCUAUUCAAGAGUUGUAGUGUCUUUUUUUUGCUUUGGAGUAGUAUCUAAAGCUGAGUUAUUUUAAACAAAAUCAAAUUGAUGCCAUUCCGUUUUGUUUAUUUAUUUGCAUACUUUGUGUUGUCAAAACUGUUGCAUAAAUUAAAUCUUUCAUAACUGCCGUUUCGGUUUCUUUUCCUUCUUUUUUCUAAACAUCUUCGGUGAAGUAAUUAAUCUAUUACUUAUGU